AUGGAGGAGCAACUCAUGGGAUAUGUGCGGAUGGAAGUGACCAUAGGAGAAGAGGACGAAGUUCGACGAGACGUGUUCUUCCUGGGAGAAGACCUGUCCAUCAGAGUCUUCGUACACCUGCCACUUGGUCAGAAGUUCCAGGGAAGGUUCCUCACAGACUGGAAGCACUUCUUCUCCAACCUCGACAUUUCCGUCCAGCUCUUCGAGGCUCUAGGCACCGACCAGUCGGCAGAGCUGAGCGAGAGCUCGGUACGGGAAGACGACGGCGCCUCGGAGAGCUUCAUGGACGCGACCGAAAUGUUCACGCUGGUCCGGAUGGAUACAUCCGAAGUGGAGAAGGGGAAGCUGAUCGGCUCUCCAUCCUUCCUGGGCUCAGGCAUCGCCUCCAACACCAACGACGAGGGCGAGGAGACAACAGGGAAGUGGAUCGAGUCCAACAAGGUUGCAUAUUCACUGAAGUUGCGGCUGUCGCUGGAGAGGGCUCAUCUCGAGAGGCGGCUGGUCAUGAAAGUCACUGCGUCUCCCCCGACCUUUCCCAUGGACGAGGCAAACUUCCUCCUCCCAUCCCAGGACCUCUCUCCGAGCUCCCACGAGGCAGCGCGUCUGCUCCACGGCCUCUACUCAAGGAGCAGCACUUCAAGAGGAUUCCGUCCGACUUACAACGCGGAGUUCUUCAUCAAAGUUCAAGACCCGCUCUACGUUGAGACAACCCUCCGAAGCUCUCCCAUGUCCCAUGACUCGUAUGUCCUGGCAGUUGUGGUUCAGAAUCGUUACCCUCAUGACUGGUCACUCGCGAUCGACAAGGUGGAACUCUCCUCCCCCGCCUCGAGCCUCACAGGAUGGAACAUUCGCUGGAUGGGAUGCGAGGAGGAGAACCUGAUUCUCCACCGAACGGAGCAGCAGAGCAUCGUGUGCUUGCUGGAGCCGUCUUCCACUCAGGUGUCCACCCUCCCAGAGAGCAUGCAGCUUGUGAUAUGGUGGAGGCUGAGAGGAGGAGGAGGAGGGGAGAGCAAGAUGAAGGUGGUUGAUCUGCACAUGGGAAGCGUCUCUCGCAGACUGCAAGGACUUGACAUGCAGACAUCUCGGGAUAUGAACAUAAUGUGCAGCAUACGAAACAACGACAAGGUCGUCGUAGGCUGCAAGUCCUUCUGCGAGUUCAACAUCAAGAACGGGGGGAAUGAAACUCUCCAUAUCCUCCUCUACUUCCCCGACUCUCACCUCCUCUCCUCCCCCGAGGCUGGCAAGCAGGAUGGCGCGCUGCGCUGUAUCACUCGGCUGAUCGAGGUGGGAAAAAUUCCGCCCAAGAGUGACACCACUGUGAGCGUAGAGGUGAUGGGGUUGAGGGCUGGGAUGGCGAGGAUGGAAGCUUGUUUCCUGCAUGAUAUGAACUCGAAGCUGUCGGUCGAGGUCUUCACGCACUGGGCGACGAUGGUGACGUGA